AUGAGCUAUGAAGAAAUUGGAAACGAAACAUACAUAAGAGUUUUUCAAGAAUACUUUAACAAAUAUCCAAAUCCACCAUCAGACGAACAUAAAACAAAACUACAAGAAAAACUUAAAGAAUUUGAUCAAAAAAUCGAAGAAUAUUUAAACAGAAACUUAAUAACCAAAAGGAACCCUAUACAAGAAACAAACCGAGUUUAUAACCUCAAGAAAAAAGAAUACAGGGAACAAAUCUUCAACUAUAUUGAAGAAGAAGAAGUAGAUCUAGAAGACUUAACUGACGAAGAAAUAACAACAUAUUUAGUAUAUUCAUUAGUAAUAGCAGACAGAUCAAGAGUUAAAACAAGCUUAGAAACUAUUUCAAGAAAAUCGGUUAACAUUAAAAAUUGGUUAAAACAUACUCAGUGCACCUAUCAAGGACAACUAUCAACUAUAUUACCUGAAUAA